AUGUCUCCGCAAAAAGACGACAACCACGAUCAUAAUAACAACAUCGAAAAAGAACAAGAUACAAUCCACCUCCAACGUUUCCCCCAUCUCUAUCUAGCCCUCAACACUCCAAAAGGCCGAGCAGUCUACCCAUCCUCCCGCAUCCCCCGAGGAACCAUAAUCGACACAAGUCCCGUCCUAAUCCUCUCCAGACAAGAAAACACGACCCAUAUCGCUCAAACGCAACUCUAUCAUUACACUUACAACUGGCCUUCUACCACCACUACCAAUGGCCAGUCUUCCAGAGGAAUCCCGCAACAAGCUGUGGUAUUGGGUUUGGGAUCCAUGUUUAAUCAUUCUACACAAAACCAAAAUGUGGGUUGGAAGCGAGAUCUGGAGAGGCAGGUAAUUGUGUAUACGGCACUCAAGGAUAUUGAAGUUGGGGAGGAGUUGUCGAAGUAG